AUGACAGCACUGGUGGUCCAGCGGUUUCGCGAGUGCCAGAAUUUAUUGGACUCAGUGGUGACUAACCUCUGUGCCAUUGAAAACUUUACCUCGCAGCGUUCCACCGUGGAAGAGGCCGCAUGGCGGCUCCGCUCCUCCACGUCCGUCCGGGAUGCCGCGGUACCGCUUUGCUGCACGGACCCAUUGGGGAUGUUAGCCGUUUUCCCCGAGUCUGCUGUGGAGUUAAUCAUCGCUCAACAUGAUGAUGAUAUGGCUGCUCUACUUCGCUCUUUGAACAGCACUCAACAGAUGUGGGGGAAGAAGUUGCAGCAGGCUAAAGAGGCACUGCAGUCGGGAGAAAGUGGGAAGGCCAAGGAUGCGAAUGUAGCAGACAAACAGAGGGACGUGUCACAAGUUAUAUGCACACGUAGUUUCAUAGCAGUGCUGUCGCAGAUGCAUGGGUGGCUGAGAGCGCUUAUUUUAGCCCUAAGAGCCGACUUGGCAAAUCCACCGCGAGCGGUAAAACUCUCGGAAUUUUUGUCAGCUCACGACCCGCCAUUGAAAAGCGAUAUUACCCCUGUUGUAAUUGUGUCUCUAGAAGCAGCACUGGGACAACUACCGGAUAGGGUGAGGCGUGAGUGGGAGUUAUGUACUUCGCAGCACAUGGUUGAUGAGGCAUGGGUGAUGCUACUGAGUUGA